AUGGCAUCUCGGUCUCCUCCUUCUUCCCCAACAGUGAAUUCUCAUACAUUAUAUUUAAUAAGGAUGAUGGAGUCGAUACUCACGGCAAUGCAGCAACAGAAUGUUGCAUUAGUGCAACAGAACACUGUCACUCUACAACAUCUGGAAACCGCUCGGUUAUCAGCGGAGGUAUCUCAGAGACAGUAUGUGGAUCUGAUGGCGAGCAACAGAGCCACAAUUGGACCACCUACCUCUUCUGUCAAUCAUCACGCAGAGUGGAGUCUUGAGAGCUUUCUUCAACAUCAUCCGGCCAAGUUUGAUGGCAAGUGUAGCUUGGAUGAAGUAGACCAAUGGUUCCGAGAUAUGGAACGAAUUUGUAACGCCAAAAGAUGUCCGGACGAAAAUAGAUUGGCGUAUUCUGAGUACAUGUUGACGGGAGAAGCUAGUUAUUGGUGUAGUAGCAUGAGGAUGCUACUAGAAAGUAGGAGAACUCCCAUCUCUUGGGAAAUUUUCAAAAUGAAGUUUUAUGCCGAAUACUUCCCAGAUAGUGUUCAGUUUGCUAAGGAAGUGGAGUUUCUUGAACUGGUUCAAGGAGGGAUGACGGUAUCAGAAUAUGCCGACCGGUUCAAACAUUUGUUGAGGUUUCAUACGCUGGCCAUGAAUGAGGAAUGGCUGUGUAGAAAAUUUGAAAAUGGAUUGCGAGUGGAUCUCAAGUUGAUGGUGGCUGGUUUGUGCAUCAAGCAAUUUCCCUCUUCAGUAGAACGGGCUAAGGUCUCAGAGAAGAACAAGAUGGAAGUGGAAAGGCAACAGCCAAAUGUUAGAGGGUCGGUUUCCUCCAAAAGUAGUCUCGGUCCUAAGAGGACUCCUUAUGCUCGACCUUCUUCUUCAGGAGUUAGAGGUCAUUCUUCAAGACCUCCAGUACUGUUCGGGCAGCAAACCGUUCCAGCACAUAUUAGGUGUUUUACUUGUGGGGGUCCACACUAUCAGUCAGUUUGUCCUCAGAAGGAUAGUGGCAGAUGGUGUAAUCGGUGUAGAAGUGUAGGGCACUAUGAGAAAUACUGUAAUAUGGGACGAAGAGCUAGUGAUCAACCACAACAUGCAGGCAGGUUUCAACCAAGAGGUGGUGGUGGUGGCGGAAGAGCUCAGGCUGCUAGACGAGUUUAUGCACUAACAGGAACAGAAGCAACAAGUUCAGGUAAUCUUAUCGAAUUUGUUGAGAAGUUGGGAUUUUCAAUCGAUGAGCUUCAGUUUGAUAUGGUGGUGUCAACCCCAACAGUUGGGAAGGUUAGGAUGAUUGUUUAUUGUGCUAAAUGUCCAAUAGUAAUUGAGGGUCGUCAGUUCAAAGUGAACCUGAUUUGCUUACCUCUUCAAGGUUUAGAGGUAAUAUUAGGAAUUGAUUGGUUAGUUGCCAAUCGCAUUCUUAUUGAUUGUGGAGAGAAGAAAUUAUUGUUUCCAAAUGAAGAACAAGAAGAGUCGUUGGCAAUCGGCCAGUUGAGGCAAGAUAUAUUGGAAGGUGCUUGCUGCUUCUUGAUACUAUCUCAUUUGGAAGUGGAAAAGGGUGAGCAGAGUUUGGACCGAUCGGUGUAG